AUGAAGAAAUUUUUAUUGUUCCUUACAAUCAUUUCGAUAGUAUUUUCUAUUCAAGAAACCACUACCCAUAGUGACUGCUUAACUCAAUAUUGCAGUGCCGAAGUUGAGGCUUGUCGGAAAGAUUCGACUUGCAAAAAAUAAAUUGCUGAUUGUUAUUAGACAGCUAUGGAUGACUUGUCACCAGCUGGAAUCUAGAGGAGCAAGGCAGCAUAUGAUUUAUGUUUAAGUACUAAUUCUUAUGCGAAAGUAUAAAAUUUAGCAAAAUGCAAGUAGAGAAAUUGCCCAAAUAAAUUAUUGAUCAUAUGA